UUGGCUAAAGUCAUAUGUAUAGGAUCUUGUGAAAUUGGGUCCUGUCAUAUAAAACCAACCAACAAUUACCCCCAAAAUAAUAAGAAUAUGUUUUACAUUAAUUCUACAAAUGGAGAAAAAAUAAAUAGUUAAAUACAUAUAUAGUAAAAUUUGAAGCAAAAGAAGAUAAAAAAAGAAAUUAUUACAUUUAGUAAAGUAGUAUACUUGUUUUUUGUUCUUUUUUUCGGCAACAGUAAAAUAAAUAGAAUACUUGUCUGGAUUUUGUGUGAGCGUGGUUGCACAAAAAGGUUCACAUUAUCAUCACACAGGCAAAAUAAUAUACGUGUUAUGACAUGGCUUUUCCACAAAACAUUAAUAUACUAUUGUCGUGGCUUUUUCCAAUUCAGAUUCCACAUACUUUUGGAAGGAUUCUCAGUUUCUAAUAUUUUAUCUUUCUAUUAAAAUAUCAACAUCCUCUUCUGCACUCAACCUCGCUCACUCCCUCCACAGUUCCGCCGUCUCAUAUUUAUCUUUAUAUUAAAAUAUCAACAUCCUCUUCUGCACUCAACCUCGCUCACUCCCUCCACAGUACCGCCGUCUUAGUGCCCCUAAGCCAUGGAAGGCAGAAACUUCCUUCGCUUCCUCUUUCUUUUCUUCAGCUGUGCUCUUGUCCUUCUCUACACCUGGGUUCACCUUCCUUAUGACCCUUCCUCCUCCGCAAAGCUCCACGAUUGCACUGCAAACGCUCCCUGGUGCGUUUCCAAGAACCGUUUCCAGACCAAAAAGCCCAACUUCCUCAAAAACCGUCUCAAACCCAACCGCCAUCGCAACCACGCCGCCGACGUUCCUCACCACCCUCUAGACCCGCUCACCGUCCAAGAAAUCAAUAAGAUUCGGACCAUCCUCUCAUCCCACGCGCUCUUCAAGAACUCAGCCACCUACGCGCUCCACUCCGUCGAGCUUGAAGAGCCCGACAAGGCACUCGUCCUGAAAUGGAAAAGGGGAGACAAGUUACUGCCCAGAAAGGCUUCCGUGAUCGCACGUGUGAAUGGAGUCUCACACGUGUUGACUGUCGACCUGACAACCAGUGAGCUGACCGUGGUUCAGACCGGUUAUGAUUCCGGUUACCCUAUGAUGACGAUCGAGGACAUGACCUCCGCGAUAUGGGCCCCACUUGCGAGCUAUGAGUUUAACCGCACGAUCAUCCAGCGUGGCGUGGAUUUGGCGGACCUCGCUUGCUUGCCUAUUUCUACGGGAUGGUACGGUAAGAUGGAGGAGAACCGGAGGCUGAUUAAGGUCCAGUGCUAUUCGAUGAAAGAGACGGCGAAUUUCUACAUGAGACCGAUCGAAGGUUUGACUGUGCUCGUUGACCUGGAUACAAAACAAGUGGUUGAGAUUUCAGAUAAGGGCAAGAACAUUCCGAUACCGAAGGCCGCUAACACGGACUAUAGGUAUUCCACGAUGGAGUACAAUAAAGUGAAAAGACUAGUGAAUCCCAUAUCCAUCGAGCAGCCAAAAGGACCAAGUUUUACCAUAGAAGAUGAGCAUCUUGUGAAAUGGGCAAACUGGGAAUUUCAUCUAAAACCCGAUGCCAGAGCCGGGGUGAUAAUAUCCGGGGCAAAGGUCCGUGACCCGGAUACCGGAGAGCUAAGGAAUGUUAUCUACAAAGGGUUCACGUCUGAGCUGUUUGUACCUUAUAUGGACCCCUCCGACGCAUGGUAUUUCAAGACUUAUAUGGAUGCUGGUGAAUAUGGGUUCGGGUUACAGGCCAUGCCCCUUGACCCACUUAACGACUGUCCCCGGAAUGCCUACUACAUGGAUGGUGUUUUCGCCGCGGCUGACGGAACUCCGUUUGUGAGAUCCAACAUGGUUUGUGUAUUUGAGAAAUAUGGCGGCGAUAUUGGGUGGAGGCACUCGGAAAGUCCCAUAACGGGCUUUGCGAUUACAGAAGUCAGGCCAAAGGUGACACUUGUGGUUAGAAUGGCAGCAUCAGUGGCAAACUAUGACUACAUUGUGGAUUGGGAGUUUCAAACAGAUGGGCUAAUCAAAAUUACGGUUGGCCUUAGUGGGAUUUUGAUGGUGAAAGGCACUCCCUACGACAACAUGAAUGAAGUCCCUUUGAAUGAAUAUCUCUACGGAACCCUUUUGUCCGAAAAUGUUAUUGGUGUAAUUCACGACCACUACGUCACAUUUUAUCUUGAUAUGGACGUGGAUGGCUCUGAUAAUUCGUUUGUCAAAGUGAAUAUUGAAAGGCAGCAAACAUCAGGAGAGUCACCAAGGAAAAGCUACUUGAAAGCUAAACGAAAUGUGGCAAAAACAGAGAAAGAUGCACAAAUUAAAUUCAAACUCUACGAACCAUCUGAGUACCAUGUAAUCAAUCCGACAAAGAAAACCCGUGUUGGGAAUCCCGUCGGCUACAAGGUGGUUUCCGGUGGUACAGCAGCCAGCUUGCUUGAUCAUGAAGACCCUCCCCAAAAGAGGGGUGCUUUUACAAACAACCAAAUAUGGGUCACACCUUACAACAAGACAGAACAGUGGGCUGGUGGUUUGUUUGUGUACCAAAGCCACGGUCAAGAGACUCUUGCAACAUGGUCCGAAAGGGAUCGUUCAAUUGAGAAUAAGGACAUUGUGGUUUGGUACACCUUAGGAUUUCAUCACAUUCCAUGUCAAGAGGACUUUCCCAUAAUGCCCACUGUCUCAGCCAGCUUUGAUCUAAAGCCUGUAAAUUUCUUUGAGAGCAAUCCAAUUCUUCGGGUCCCACCUAACUUUGAGAACGACCUGCCUAUUUGUGUUUCUACGGCAUCAGCUUAAAGAAUUAGGUCUUGCUCAUUAUCUGAUAAUAUUGUACAUCUACUUGUAACCAGGUGUAUGUUUAUAUGAAUUAGAUUUCAUAUAAGAGACAUAUAACAAUAACUAAAAAUAAGAUAUUAAAUGUUGUCAUUUUUAUUA